AUGAAUCUACUCAAUCAUGUAAACGAUUCUCUGGCUUUCUCACCAUUGACUUCCAUUACAAGUUCAUCUAUCUAUCGUCGAUUAAAUAUUAAUAAACCAAAACAACGACGACACCAAACUACGACUAUUUCAUACAUUUUAAAUAUUACGUCGCUUUCAUAUUCUACAAGUGAAAAUCAACAAGUUUCACUCGACGAACCCUAUUCGGUUAAAACAGGCAUUAAAACAGCAGCUCUUCUUGGUGGCAUCUUGGCAUGUUUUAUUUUGUAUCUUCUGUGGAAAGCCCGAACACGCAUAUGGCGUGCUAUAUCAGCACCGGAAUCGGAUAUUGACGGUGGUACUCGUUUAUCAGCAAAUAAAUUCGAUCUAGAUUAUUGGUUAAAACAAGUUGAUUUACUUGAAGCAAAAGAAGCCGAGCGUAAUCGCGGAGGUACAUUGCCCUAUCUUGAAUUACCUACCGAAGAACCACGUGACAGUCAACUAGCAACUGCUUCUUGGAUUUCCGAUGCGUAUCAUCAAUGGCGUCUUAUGCAUUUCCGAUACCAACAUCGAAUGCUUGAACAAAAGACCAAUCAAUCUACAGAAACAAAUCUGAUUCCGUAUCGACGUCGUCGACAUCUUUUACGCCGAUGUAUUCGACGUCUUCUUAUUCCAUCUCAUCAAACUCCAUCAUUUUUAGAUGAACAUUUAUCAUCGUUGAUUGCCGAUUUAAGACCAAGUAUAGUAAAUAAUAAUUUAAUUCCACCAUUAGAUACAUUAGAUAAUCCACCCCGACGAGUUGCUUCAUGGCCUCGUCUCAAAUCAACUCAACAACAGAAUGGUUCGCUGAUGACAGGAGCACAAACACGAUAUGCCAGGAAACGUCUCCUUUUACAAAAAUCAAGAACUAGUACAUUAGAUCUAUGCGAGAAAAAUUAUUAA